UUCGGUGGUUUAUGUUGUGUCAUCAUGCGGAGUUUAGCUGCCGCGACCUUCCUGCUGUCGCUUCUUCCAGUGUUUGUGUGUAUUCAGGUGAAUGUUCCCGAGCUGGAGCGCAGCACAACCCUGUUUGCCUCCAUCACCCUCCGCUGUGACUACUCCACCUCUGCAAACCUCCAAGAUGUCCUGGUCACCUGGAGGUUCAAGAGCUUCUGCAAGGACCCCGUACUGGAGUACUACUCCACAGCGUACCAGUCUGGUCUCCAGUUGGGACAUGACCCAGCGAACGACUGCCCAGACCGCCAGCGCACUGUGCGCACGGUGAUCCAGAAGAGAGGGAGCAACGAGCCGACGCUGGGGACAGAGUACCGUGAACGCCGGAUCACCAUCCAAAACAAGGCUGACCUGGUGAUCACGGAGGUGAUGUGGUGGGACAACGGGAUGUACUUCUGCGCUGUGGAGGCUCCUGGAGACACGUCCGGAGACUCUGACAAAGAAAUCAAACUCAUCGUUUACCACUGGUUAACAGUGUUGUUCAUCGUCAGCGGAGGCCUCCUUCUGAUCCUCCUCCUCUGCAUCUGCUGCUGCCAGUGCUGCCCUCAGAAAUGCUGCUGCUACGUCCGCUGUCCCUGCUGCCCGGAGACAUGCUGCUGUCCGGAAAAAGCGGUGAUGGAGCAUCGUAUGAUGAAGAACGCUCAGAGGUCCAUGGCGCCCUGGAUGGGAGGACAGCCAUUAUAUGGACAAAUGGGUCCCGGCUCCUCCCAGAUGAACCCGCUGCUCUACUCGGGAUCUACUUCAGGGAAGGGCUACCCGAUGAAGCCCAUGCCCCUCCCUCCACCUCAGUCUUCAGCUUACAACUUGCCCGUUCCCAGUGCCCACGGCACUCACACCCCCGCCAACUCCAAUCACAUGCUUGAUUACCUGGAGAGCCAGGUGAGGGGGAUGGACAUGGCGACUCCUCUGCUCCAGUCCCAGCCUCCUCCUCCUCCCCAGUACAUGCAUCACCAGAGCUCUCAUAUGCAGCCGAUGCCGAUGCCCCCUCAUAUGCAACCGAUGCCCCUUCAGAUGCAGCACAUACAGCAGAUGCCACCCCCUCCCCAGCACAUGCUCAUCAACGCCCCAUUUUCCCCCGGCCCUCCUAGCAUGAUCUCUGCCCUUGAUGAUGGCCCGACAGAGCAUCGCGUCAUCACACUUCCACCGAUAAGAGAGCAGCCGCCGGCCAGAUUCCAACCCACUGCACCCAGGACCCGGCCCCCGAGCUCCAGCGAGAGCAGCGGCUUCGGCCGUCGCGACGAGCGAGGGGGGGCGGGCAGGCGUUACCCCUCCCCCACCCGGUCUCAAGGUGUUCUCAGGAGCUACAGCGAGGAGUCCCUGGACGGGCAACGUCAAAGAGGAGGCAUGGACCGCCCCCGCUCCCGCUCCAAGGAUGACCUGUUUGACAGCAGGUCCAGAAGUAACUAUUCUCCGCCAGCAUCCAGGGCCAAUAGAGGAGAGGCCUGGAGCUCGGAUGAUGAGGGAAGCAGCAGGAGAGGAGGAGGAGGAGGAGGGAGGAGAGGAGGUGGAGACUUCGUUGACAAACCUCCCAACUACUCUGAGUACGAACCUGGACAGAAACCGGGAGCACGGAGGAACCAACACCACUCUGACAAGAGCUAUCGCAGUGGCACCAGCGUCGUCAUCUGAGCCCUCCAGCUGUGAAACGCCCUGCGACCUUUGUGUCAGUGAACACGGCCAUCUCACGAACUGGGAGCCAUCUUGUCCGGCUACUGGUAAACUUUUGAAUGCCUGGCAGAAGGAUUCAUAAAAUGUGAGAUUGAAGGCGUUCAUCAAAGUGUGAUGGCUGUAAAGUGUAAAUGCCAAUGUGGAAACCCAUUUGGUAGCCUAUAAAAGUCCAACAUAUUGAUGUCAAAGUCUUUACGAAUGAAAAUAUUUUUGGGAUAAUCCCCCCCCCCCCCCCUCUACUAGUUCAUAAAUGUAAUAAAAAUCUGCAGGCCAGAUUGGGACUAAAACCCUGUCAAAUUAUUCUCAUAUGGAUGUUUCUACCUCCUUAAAGCUCUUUGUUUGACAGGAACACAAUUUAUAACUUUUACGUUAGAAUUAUUUAAACAUGCAUACAUAUGAAUAGACUCUUGUGAAUGUGCUGGAAUUAGUUUUGAGCUUUUUAUGAAUUUUGUAAAUAGUUAUUUUUCAUAUCUGCUGGAUGUCUUGAAGUGACUAUCGUGUAAUAGGUUUUAAAUGAAAAGUUGUGUGCCAUUGGCCUGUGUUCAGAUAAGGAUGAGUGUUUUUUAAACCUUUUGUACAUAACAUGAAGUAUUUACACUUGCUUAUGAAUAACUGUAAAUAAGUAUUUUACAUGGUUUUUAUUACAACAAAUUAAGUAUUGUUCCAGAUAUAAAACAACAACCAUGCUAUAGUUUGCUCUUUAGAUUACAGUUGUUGGCACAACUGAAAAAUGUAAUCCUAUUUUAUUUUUUUCUUUCCUUUUUGGGUGUAUAAUGGUAAAAGUUAUAAUACUAAACUCAAAACCACUUCCCCAUGCAAUAAAGUGGUUGACUCUGCCAUUGAUCUCUUUCAAGGAUUUUCAUUUCUCAUCAUUGAUUUAACACCGUGAAGUCAGUUUGUGUUUGUUUAGAAUAUUGAAAAUAAAUGUUUCACCUUCGAUUCAACACUG